GGGACAGCCCCAGCCCCGCUGAGCAGGCACCCGCCGGGCAGCCCCGCGAGGUCCCCGAGAGUGGUGGUUGCCAUGGAGACGGGCGGCGCAUCCCGCAAGAACACAGAGACUAAACAAAUGGAAAAAAUCACUCAUGUGGAAGCUCUGAUGUUUGGUGCUGUGCUGGAGAGCUGUGUGGAUCAGCUUACAAUUAUUGGAUACAUCAUGCCAGUUCCACCUUCAGACAAGGCAGACAUCAACCUUGAAACGAAAGCAGUGAUCCAGGAGGAGCUGGGUAUCAGCUUCCCAGAGCUUAUGUCAGGAAAGCAAGAGAGUGGGCAAACAGUCCUGGAAAACACCGAACAAGAGCAGCAGCAGGGGAAAACUGAAGAUCACAAAAGAUCUUCCAAAACCCCCAAGAAACACAUCACUCGGGCUCUAGAGAAGCUCAAAAAAAUUUAUGCUGACAGGCAGUAUGCAAGUGAUGUAAUCACAGUCACUAUUAAAAAGAUGGAAGAAUUGGGAACAUUUAGUAGCCUAACAGAUGCUAAUGAGAGAGAGAAGGCAAGAAAGGGCAAGUUUUAUGACAUCCUCAUCAGGGAGGAAAAAGGAAAGAAGGACAUAAAGGCACUCCAGAAACAGCUGCAAGAAGUCAAGAAACAAACUAGUCAAGACCUUCAGAGCCGAGAAAAAGUUAUUGAUGGCCUUAAAGAUAAGCUUCAAGAGAUCACUGCCAAAGUGGACACAGAGAGCAACUACCUGAAGAAAAACUCAGAUCUCCAGAUCCAGCUAACCCAGAAAAAGUGCAGCAGUGCAGAGAAUGCCCUGGAGAAGGAAAUCCAGAAUUUGAAGAGCAAAAUUGAUGAGGAGAUUCAGCUUCACACAGAGACUGAAGAUUUCCUCAUGCAAGAGUAUCUGAAGGUGAAAGAGAGGCUGGAAUACUGGAUAGACAAGUAUGAAAAAGACACUGCUGCAAAAGAUGAAGAACUGGAUGAUCUAAGAGCAUUGAAGGCCGAGAACUUGGAAACAAUGCAGAGAUUUGCCAAGGAGUGCCUGACAUUCCAGACAACCAUCAUCAUUGACCGGACAGACAAAGAGACCAAGAAGAAACAAAGAGAGCGGGAAGCCCUGGAGCUGAGGAGUGCUGUGAAGGUGCAGGCCUGGUGGAAAGGUACAAUGGUCCGCAGAUUCCUCGGCCCCUACCAGAAGCUUGAGAAGUAUUUGAAGGGAAUAGGAGAGGAAACAGGCAAGGAAAAAUCUGGAGCAAAGAAGAAAAAAGCUAAGUAAAGAAAGUGGCCACAGAUGUGCUCCAGAACUGCUGCUGGGCAGGGCACUGUGGUAUGUCUGACAGGACAAAAUAAACCAUGUAACAGAGCUUAGGCAAUGUUGGAGAAUGCAGUUCCUGCAGACACACUUAUGGUGAAGCUGCACUGAAGAUCUUAAAGCUGCCAUUGUUCAGCCUUUUUUCCCCAGCAGAAAGGGGAUUUGCAUCAAAGCAGUGAGAAACACUAUCCCCUGCAAAGAGCUUUAUGGAAACAUGACACUGGGAGGCAAUCUGUUACCAGCCCAGUAACUCAGCAGUGUGGGAUGCUCUGCACCCAGAACCUCCUCUGCUGCCCCCAAAGCUCUGGCUGUGGCUCUGUGUUAGGUGGGGAGGCUGAAGCAGCCCCAGUGGGCUCUCUCUGUGCUCUCCAUGCCUCCAGUGCUGGCAUCAGAUCAGCAGGGAGAACAUGGGCAAGUCUGCAGUGUAAACACAAGUGCAGUCAGAGCAUGCAGGUUUCCAUUGCCACAGUCCUGCACAGUGUCAGUGCACAGACAGAACAGCUCCAUGUACUUUCUGACCAAGGGAAAAACAAGGAGCUCUGGAGAUAUCAGCAAAGGAUUCUGUACAAAAUCAGUCUCUGGGAAGGCUAAAAAUACCUAAGAAAAACCUUCUGAUGUGGCUGCAAAAUAUGUGUAAAAAUACUGUGAUUUUCCUGUCCUGGUUAACGAUUAAAAGUAGAAAAUCAAAGCAGGUCCAUCUAAUGCGAACUGGGAUGAUGUGAAAGGGGAAUAAACACCUAACACAGAGGAUGGGACGUUUGUUGGUGCAACAGAAAAACAGCAAGAAGAAAUACUGCAGUUCAUGUAAGUUUUAAAACUUUAUUUCAAAUACCCAUGGUUUCCUUUUAUAUUACCAAUGUGCUAGAAGUUCACACUACUGGCAGAAUACAGGCGACUUAAAAUAUACAAUAUUCAGACACAUUUAUAUGUAACAGAAAUGAUGGAAUGUAUUUACAGACAUACAACAUGGGAUGAAGCUUUAAAAUCCUUUACUCUAUUACUUACACGUUUACACUGUUUUCAGAAAUAACAAAAUUAGAUCACUUUGUAGAACAUCACAAUAUCUAUACAAAAGAAUUUUCUGAUGUCCAAAUUCACCUUACAAGUCCUCUGUUUCUAAAACAGUUUUUCAAAGAACCAUUUAUAGUCAUAAAGGGGAAAGAAUACCGUUUGCCAUCCUGCUGCUACCAAGAACAAGAGAGGUGCCUGGGUGCUGUGCAGAGUUGUCCCUGGUGGAUUUAAGCAGGGGGCAGGGCCUUUACAAAAGCCUUUCCUUCCAAGGGGAACCCCCAGCUGCUCUGCCCUGGCCCCCAGUGCCAUCAGGGGCUCCCCAGUGCCUGGGCUGCUCCACCUGGAGUGUGGGACCUUGCAGAGCCUCAGGCAGUGCCCAGGGCUCGCCAGGUUUGAGGAUGGAGUGUGGCACCAUGGAGUCAGUGCAGGAACAGCAGCAGCACAGAACACUGAGGUGGAUCCCUCCCACAUCCUCCAGCACAAAUGCCCCAAAGAGGAAAGAUCAUCUCUUCUUUGCUUUAACACACAGAAUAGAACUUUAUACAUGUUUUGUUUCAAAUACUCUUUUCAUGGGCUACAACAAAAAUUGCACAUAACUACACUGAAAAAUCCCAACCCAUUUUGCAAGAGAGAACUGAAGUGGGUUUGGUAUAACACAUUAAAUAAACCACAUGAUGAAACUUCAGGUUUGGAUUUUUGUCCAAAAAGCAUCUGGACAAGGUUUAGUGCUUGCCAGCCUGAAAACCUAAGAUUACAAAUGUCAAACUAACACAAUUACCUACACUGAAACUCCAGAGUGAAUGUUGCUCACAACAAAGUCCCUGGUGCCAGGGACCUUCUGCCUGCCUGGCCUCAGCCACAGGUGGCCAUGAGCCACACAUGGCAAUAGGAAAUGGCUCUUUCUUGCAGGCCACACUCAAGCCCCCACCUCAUUAAAAACUACUGUUAAUUAAAUGACAAAAUCUCCACCAACCUGAAUACUGUUAAGUUUCACUUUCCUUAAAUGCUGGAGCAAUCACCACACCCUUGCAAUUCAUGAAGGGAAUGGUUUUCUUCAAACAGGGGUAUUUAAACUGCCCAUGAUGGGUGUGCUGGUAAAUGCAACUGUCCCUGUAACAACAGGUGACCCAAUGUUGGACACCAAGAUGAAGUCAGUGCCUCCCUCCCUCUCAAAUUACGUGCAGAGA